AUGCUUGAUUUGGAUCCUUCACCUGAGCAGCUACUCUCUACUUACGGGCUCAGUACGUCGCGGCCGAAAGAUCGAAGUGAUUUACGAAACAUUGACCUAUCAUAUCUGGAAAACCCAUCAGGUCUCUCCGUUGAAGAAUCAUUUGAACUUGUGAAAUCCAUUUUUAGCUCGAACGAGCCAAGGUUAGAUUGGCGUGAUCUGAUCAAUGGUCAUGACUUGGAGGAUCCCUUGAAGGGGCGUGGAUCUAACAUCGUGGCUGAUCUUGUAAAGAAAGGGAUUAUAUCCUCACCGGAUGACCCCUUGGUACAAGACUUUUUGAUUAGUUCGCAAACAUUCAAACCCUACAAGUACUUGACCACAAUUCACAAGGACACUCCUUUGAAGGUAUUGGAUGAGUCGCUUCACUUUUUGGAUAGAAACCUUCAAUCUUAUAGAAGCGAUUUGCAGGCGGCUCUUGAUUCAGAUCUCACAAGUGCACUUAACGUCAAAGCAGAAAUGGAUGGAACUUUGCAAGAGUUUAAGCAGCUGAAAACGAAACUACAGGAGGAUAAAGAAACGUCAAAAUAUUUCAAUCCACAGCGACACAGAUUGAAAUCGUCCGAGGGUGCUGCAAGCGGAGAUAUAUCUUCAGAACUUGAACUGUCGUUGAAUAAUUUGGCAACGACAACCACCUUGAUGAUAAAACCCAUAGUUGAAAGCAAGGUCAAACAAGACAGGCUUAGUGUUCUUGUAGAUUUUAUCAAGUCAAAUGCCUUUUUGUUCGAUAUACCUUACAAAUUGACCAAUUCACUUAAAGCAAAUGAUAGCCAUCAGUUUAUUGACGAUUAUACUCAAUAUGAUCGAGAAAGGUUGCACGUAUUAAAAAGAGUUGAUGAAUCUUUUCAAUCUGAUGUGAAGAAACUCAAACAAUCAAGCAAUGGUGGUAGUGGUGGCGGUGGUAAUAUUCUUGAUGAAGAUGCCUUGGCCAACUUGAACAAGAUCAGACUUCAGAAACUUACUCUUUUAGCACAAGUUUUUGAAAAGAUCGAGGCAAUUGCUAGCCACUUUAGGGAUAAAACUUAUCAAGAGCUAUCAUCAUUGGACCAUGAGGCUAGUAAUAAUCAAAGCUCAAUUAGCGGCGCAGGUUCUCGCAACAAAGAUGACCAAAAGUUCAUGUCUUUGGUGGCCAACUUGUCGAAGAUUGAAGGUCCAAGCGGUGAGGGUCCGAAAUCAGACCCGAUUGCAGUUUUCUUGAAUAAGCAAAUUGAGGUUUUAAUCAGUGACUUUGAGUACCAAGAAAAGAAGUUUGACACGAGAUAUGUUUUGAUGCAGAAGAAAUUGAUUGAUUAUGUGGCAUCGUUGCGGGCAGAAAGGAAACAAGGAUCUCAUUUGAACUAUAUUGCAGAGAAGUAUGAGUUUUACAAAAAUGAAAUCAAAUUGGCCAAGAACAAGGAGGAGAAGAUGUUGGCUAUUGACGAAGCUUUUGAAAGUGGUGAUGCCCUAGAUGUCAGUUUGGUCAAUGAAACUUGGUUGGUAUUGGUUAAUUUUAUGAGUUACAUGGAAACAAUAUUCAUCAAGCUAGUGGGAAAAUUCACAAACAACUACGGCAGCUAUUAUAGUUUGAAUGUGGAUCCGGAUGGUUCCAUUCGUGAUCAAUUUUUUCAAGCAAUAAACGAGGCAGUGGAUUUGUUGGUUAGACUAUUCCAGUCUGAGUCUAACUCGAAUGAUAGUAAGGACGUGAAUAACUUGGAAUCACUGCCUGCCAACUACAAGCAGUUUGUUCCUUUAUACUCCAACUCUUUAUCCACCAUACACCAAUUGAGCUUAAUUCAAGCAAAAGUCAACCGCGUGUUGACCAGUUUGGGUACUGCUGUAACUACUAUUGGCAACGUGAGCAGGUUUGAGGACACAAACAAACAAUUGAAAGUUUUGAAAAGUGCUUCACUGUCAAUCAAUCAAAACAUUUUAGAGGCAGUGUGCUCUACGUGGAUUAACGAUUGCUCUCAGUUUUAUGAUUUGGAGAAUUGGAAGAUUGAGGAUAGGUACAACACCAAAGAUGGAUCCUGCACCAAAUUAGUCAAUGUCAUUGAGUACUAUCAGUUGUACAUGAUAUCCAAAAUUAGUAAAAUUGUCUUUCGCAAAGAGAAAACGAGCCAAGAGGAAUCGGUGGUGAGCAUUGUUGCUUCGUAUCCAAGCAAAAGGAUUCUCGUGAGUAUUGAAAUUCAAUUUAUGAGAACUUUAAAUAUUAUAGUGGACUCUUUGAUGAAAAAAUACAAUAUAGACCGCAUGUCUGAGUCUACAAAGAAAAGUUCAAGUGUGGAAAUUUUUAAAAUACUUACUGUCAAUAACUUGGACAAGUUAUCAAGAAGCACGUACCAGCUUUUGAUUUUCAUGUUUGACCAACGAUUUGGCAAGGACUUGUCCAAACAAAAACUCAAGUUAUUUUCAGAUAUAGAUAAGGCCAGUUUGACUAUACUUGAUGACAUUUUGGCAAAUGAAAAGGAAGUGAUUUUUUCCAUUACAAGUGGUUUUUUCAGUGGCAUAUCAGAACUUCAGAAUGACCAAAGUUACGAGAUAAGUUUCUUGACAAUUGACGGUUUUGUGUUUGAGGUUUUGAUGCAUUUUGUUAACCUAGUUCAUAAACUCAAGCCAUUAACGAGUGGAGACAUUUUCAUAACAAUCAUUAAUGAAUUGCAAUAUAGUUUUUUGAAAAACAUUCAGGAUGGGUUGCGCAACCUCAUUGUACUGAACGUUUAUGUGUUGUACAACUUAAAAUUGGACUGUAACUUUUUGCACAGUGUAUUUGAGGCGUCCAAGAGCCUCAGAUUAAAUGAUUCUACGUUCAGCUUGUUGCAGAACCUAUUGGAGAAUAUAAGCAUCCAAAUUCGCGAAAGCAAUGCUCCCCACGGUGAUGAGCAAUAUAGCGACACGUUGUUUAAAGAGAAGUUGAAGAUGUAUUUGAAAUCUUCCAAGGCACAAUUUGAAUGCUUUUGA